UAUAUAUAUAUAUAUGUGUGUGUCAGUGAUUGAUCAUUGGUGGAGUUAAUUAUUUGUAUAUACAUGGUAUGUGUUUGAUCCAACUUCAGACGCAGCUGCAGUAUUGAGAUUGGAGAUGGCGUUUCCUCAACAUGGUUUUAUGUUCCAACAGCUCCAUGAAGACAAUAGUCAUGAUCAACUCCCUUCUUGUCCUCCUCCUCAUCUCUUCCAUGGAGGAGUAAACUACAUGAUGAACAGAUCUCUGUCUUUAACGAACGAGCAAGGGGAUCAUCAUCAAUCCGUUGAUGAAGAGAAUCUAUCAGACGAUGGGUCACAUAUGAUGCUAGGAGAGAAGAAGAAGAGGCUGCAAUUAGAGCAAGUCAAAGCGUUAGAGAAGAGCUUCGAGAUUGGGAACAAGCUGGAGCCAGAGAGGAAGAUACAACUAGCUAAAGCAUUGGGGAUGCAACCGAGGCAGAUUGCGAUUUGGUUCCAAAACAGGAGAGCUAGGUGGAAGACUAGACAGCUCGAGAGAGACUAUGAUUCACUCAAGAAACAGUUUGAGUCUCUUAAGUCUGACAAUGAUUCUCUUCUUUCCCACAACAAAAUUCUCCUUGCUGAGGUAAUGGCUCUAAAGAAGAAAGAUUGUAAUGAAACAAGCAUAAUAAAGAGAGACGCAGAAGCUUCAUGGAGCAACAACGGAAGCACAGAGAAUAGCUCAGACAUAAACUUGGAGAUGCCUAGUGAGGCCACUACGACACAUGUGAACACUAUCAAAGACCUUUUCCCUUCAUCUAUUCGAUCAUCUGCACAUCAACAUGAUCAAAUGGUUCAAGAAGAGAGCUUUUGUAACAUUUUUAAUGGCAUCGAUGAAACGACGUCGGCUGGCUACUGGGCAUGGUCUGACCCAAACCACAACCACCACCACCAAUUCAAUUGAUUCAUGAUCCUAUAGCUCGAAAUGAUCACAACCAUCAUGGCAUUAUCGUAAUCAACAUCAUCAGAAAAAAAUAAGAAACAGUUCAUCUCUGUUUUGAAUUUGGCUCUUUGGAAUUAUUGUUACUCUUUUAUCUUGCUUUCUUUGGGUCCGUAGAGUAUUGGUGUAUA